CGGCGCCGUUCAUAGAUUACCACCAUUCUCGUUUGUUUCUUCUUUCUUCUUCUUCAGCCGCAAUUCCCAAACGAUUUUAGUUUGAUAGUUUCCUGGGAUUUAAACCUAUGGAGUUGGAGUUUGAAUCAAGGUAUGAGAUUAAUCGUACGGUGGAGUUCAUUAUCAGCAAAAGCUUCACCAGAAUUGCUUUACAGUUUCCGGAUGAGUUGUUAAAGGAAUCAACUAAGGUCGUGAGUGCUCUUAAGAGCAAAACUCGUUUGCUUACUGACAGAGAAGUCAGGUUCUUUGUUAUGGCGGACACAACUUACGGUAGUUGCUGCAUUGAUGAAGUUGGAGCUUUGCAUAUUGACGCAGACUGUGUUGUUCAUUACGGUCAAACAUGUCUAAGCCCGACAUCGGUUCUUCCAGCAUUCUUCGUUUUCGGGAAAGCUCCGAUGAACGUCUCAAGCUGCGUUAAGCAUCUGAUAGAUUAUGCGUCACAGAGCGAUAAGCCUAUUAUGAUUCUUUAUGGACUAGAAUACGCCCAUAUGAUUCGGCAUAUCCGAGAAGAGUUAGGAUUAUCAAAGACUGAAUCUCAUCAGUUGAAGUUCACUGUAGCCAAUGUCUUGUGUUCAUUUAUUAGUCCAUCCAAAGACCCUAGAGAAUCCAUGGAGCAUCCGAGACCAUAUUGUGAUAGCUUAUCCUCAUCUAGAAACUAUAGAAUGGGAGGGCUAACUUGGGACUUGCCAGAAGGAAGCAAAAUCGAGGACUAUCUACUUUUCUGGAUCGGUUCUGACAGGUCAGCUUUCGCCAAUGUAGUACUGACCUUCAAUGGUUGUGACAUAGUCAGAUAUGAUGCUGAAGAAGAUUCUUUGGUGACAGAAUUUUAUCAACAAAGAAGGAUACUUCAGCGUCGAUAUUACUUGGUGGAAAAAGCCAAGGAUGCGAAUAUUAUUGGUAUUUUGGUAGGGACCCUUGGUGUUGCUGGUUACCUUCAUAUGAUUCACCAUAUGCAAGCACUCAUAUCUGCAGCUGGCAAAAAAUCUUACAUUCUUGCCAUGGGACGACCUAAUCCGGCCAAACUCGCAAACUUCCCCGAGUGCGAUGUAUUCAUCUACAUCUCAUGUGCCCAAACCGCUCUUUUAGAUAGCAAAGAGUUCAUGUCCCCUGUCAUAACUCCGUUCGAAGCCAAUCUUGCUUUUAGCAGAGGGAGUGAAUGGACUGGUGCAUACCUAAUGCAAUUCCAAGACGUGAUCAACUCUGUAAAAUUAGAAUCAGAAGCACAUAGCGAAUCAGAGGAGCCACGGUUCUCCUUCUUUCAGGGUGGUUACGUAGAAGAUCACAAGACAAACGAUCAGGCUAAGAAUGGAGAAGAAGACAGAGGAGAGACAAUGGCAUUGGUACAAAUUGCAGAGAAAGCAUUGCAAUUGAAAGGCAAUGAUCAUAACUUGCUCACUAAACAAACCACUGCAAAAUCAGGACCCGAGUAUUUCCUCAGCCGUGCUUAUCGCGGUUUGGAGAUAAAUAGUGAUAAUACUUCGCCGGAGCCUUACAUAGUCGGGAGAAGCGGGAAGGCGUCAGGAUACAAGCACGAGUAGUAACUCCAAGAAGUUCACUUGUUCACAAAAGAAAGAUUUGUGUACUAUUUCAGAAACUGAAUUUUUUUUGUUCUUUUAAAAAAAAAUUGGUUCUA